UAGUAUACAUUAAGUUUGAAGUUUCGGUCUGUUUACCUUGUUGUGUUCGAAACAUAAGAGGCUGCUUUGAGAUUACAGUUUGUUUCCUAGCAAAUCUGUUGGUGGAAAAAUCUUGACGCAAUGGCUAAAUUGAAUAUAAAGGAAGAAAAAGAUGGAAUUCAUGAAAUUAUUAAAAAGCCAGUUGUUCACAACACUCAUCAAGGAAUCAAACGAAAAAGCUUGAGGAUAAGUCGUCCAAGGGACGAUGCUGGAAAGCCAAAAUUACAUGACAGUCAACCAAUUAUCGCUGUGCCAGGAAAUCUAUCUGAUCCAGACAGUGUGAAGGAGAAUGAGCAGUCAUCAGAUGAUGUGCUAACCUGGAACAGUGAAAACAGUGUUUUAAUAGAUGUAACACCAUUGCCAGCAGUUAUAUCCGAUGGAUUACAAAAUACAGAAAACAAGCAAUCAGUAAAGAAUAUGCGAUCAUAUUUUGAACACAAUUUGGUGUUUAACAUUCAUAAUGGUGUGAACCAAAAAAUGUUAUGUGAUAAGCCAGUGCCAAAACCAAAACCUAUAGAUUUCAACGAACGUCCAAUACCUAAGUCAUGUUUGACUUCAAAACCAAAACCAAAAGUAAAACCUAAACCUUUCAAUAUGGCGAAAAAUACUUUACCUAAACACGUCCAAAACAUUCAAAAAAGUUAUACCCCAAAAUCCAUAGUGAAAGAAAAAGCUAUUGACUGCAAAAUUCAAUCACCCACAACAGAAUUAACAAAAUCUCAAUUACAUAAAAUGGAGGAUAAAAAUCCGUCAUUGCUACCACCAAAAGAUGUUUCUUCUCCAUUAUCCUUUAAUAUCAGUCCUCAGAAAUCGCCAGCGAUGUAUGAAGAAGGGGACUGUGAUUCUGAUGAAGAUGAAGACGAUUUAAGUGAUGACGAGGAGUUUGCCAUGCCGGGUAUGCCUCAAGAUAAAGCUAGAAUGCUUCAUUUAGAAGGUGCUGAACGAAAAAUUUAUCACAUUGUGACUGUGAUUUUAACCACUGAAAAAGCGUAUGUGAGAAAAUUGCACCUGUUGGAAAAGGUUUUUCAUCAUCGCUUUGUAAAAGAAGCCAAAGAAAACAAUGUGAUACCUGAUAAAAUUGUAAAUGAAAUUUUCUCAAAUUUAUCUCCAAUCUAUGAAUUUCACUCUACAGUUUUACUACCUAAGUUAGAAGUACGGAUAAUGGAAUGGGAAACAAUUGACAAAAUUGGUGACAUUUUCAAGACGCAGGGUCAUCAUCUCUUGCUAUACACCAAUUUUGUGAGAAAUUUUGACAAAGCAAUAUCUACUUUAAAUAAUUGGAUUAAAAAGUCACCAAAAUUUGCAGCAGUAGUGGAAGAAUUACAGAAACGUCCUGAAUGUGGGAAUCUCUCCCUUCAAGAUCAUAUGUUAGAACCCGUCCAGCGAAUGCCAAGAUACAAACUACUCCUACAAGAAUACCUGAAAAAUUUGCCAUCUGAUUCUCCAGAUCGAGAAGAGUCUGAAGCCUCUCUUGUCAUCAUAUCAAAAGCAGCUAGACAGGCUAACGACUCCAUGAAAGAAAAUAAAAAAUUUAAAAAACUAAUUGAUAUCGAAGAUAAAAUCCAAACUGGUCUAAAUGGCGAAAGAUUGUUCACAUCCAGCAGGGUUUUUUUAAAAGAAGGUGAACUUACGAAGAUCGCAGCUCGAAGUAUAAAGAGAAAGGCUCGUACUACUAUUAUGUUGUUUAACGAUUGUUUGUUAUAUUGCUCACUCACAACAAUCGGAAAGCUUCACGUCCGAAAAAUCAUGGAUUUAGACGGAUUGAGUAUUGAGGAAGUAGACUCUACAUUACCAGAGAAUUCAUUUCGUAUCAAAAGUCGGCAAAGGAUAAUAGAUUUAAUAGCCCACAGUGAGGUGGAAAAGGAGGAGUGGGUGGCAGCCAUAAGAGCUGCAGUCACCGAUCUUCAUGAAAAAAAGGUUGAUCUACUUGUAAUUUCAUUAUGGUUGCUUACAAAUCAACUAAAAAAUAUUUCAUGUAUCACCCAAAAUUUUAGUGCAUUCUUUCCUUACAAUGAAAAUCAGUAAAUAUAAUAAAUAGAUAGAAUUUAAACCCUUAAAUAGCCAUAAUACUGUGGUAAGUAUUUAGAAGAAGAAGAAGAAGAGCUAGGAAUUGAAUCCAUUUUUGUGUUUUUAAUGUUUACUCAUUGGUUUAAACUUUCUCGAAACGUUUUGUGGACAUUUCUUCUUAGGUUCGAUUGUUCCACGUCAACCAGAAAAACAUCCAAAGAGCGAUGGGACAGGAUCAAUCGGACAGGCUGCGCCUUUAUGGGUGAAAGAUGAAGAUGUCUCCAUGUGUAUGUUAUGUGCAUCAAAGUUUGGAUUGGUGCAUCGAAGACAUCACUGUAGAGGAUGUGGAUGGGUAUAGUUAUUUUACUAAAAUAUUAUUUAUGAACUCUUUAAGAAUUUAUAACUUUCUAAAGAAAGACCAGAACUGAUUACAUAGCAACUUAAUUUAUUUGAAACAGGUGGUGUGUGGCACAUGUUCAAGUUAUCAAGCUAAAUUGGAAUACUCGGGUGAUGAAGACCAGCGCAUUUGUGUAGAAUGUUUUAAAACACUUGAAGACGACACGACAGGUGUCCUGAACAAAAACCCAGCAGCUU